AUGAAUCUCUUGUCCAUCGCGACGGACCCCGAGCUGAAAUGGCUGACCCUGUGGGCCCGCAUCAGGUGGGCAGCCGUGCUCGUGCUCCUCCUGGGCUCGCUGCUGACGCUGCUGCCGCCUACAGGUUCUGUUACGGCUCUUGCAGACUGGCGCUAUUUAAUGUUUGCAGCGGGGAGCAGCGGCGGUCUCCAGAGGCUUUCGGUAAGACUCACCCCCCUGUUAUCGAACUGUUGUGUUUCAGAAGUGAAGUUAGAAGCCAGAGCGGCUCUGAACCAAGCCCUCGAAAUGAAGCGCCAAGGGAAGCGGGAGAAAGCCCACAAGCUCUUUGUGUACGCCCUCAAAAUGGACCCUGAUUACGUGGAUGCCCUGAACGAAUUCGGCAUCUUUUCUGAAGAGGAGAAGGACAUUCUUCAAGCUGACUACUUGUACUCCAAAGCACUAACCCUCUCGCCCUGCAACGAGAAGGCUUUGAUCAAUCGGGACCGGACGCUACCGUUGGUUGAAGAGAUAGAUCAGAGGUAUUUCAGCAUUAUUGACAGCAAGGUUAAAAAAGUGAUGGCGAUCCCCAAAGGCAAUUCUGCCCUGCGCCGAGUGAUGGAGGAGUCCUAUUAUCACCACAUCUACCACACGGUUGCUAUCGAAGGAAACACCCUGACGCUGUCCGAGAUCCGGCACAUCAUUGAGACCAGGUACGCGGUCCCUGGGAAAAGCUUAGUGGAGCAGAACGAGGUGAUCGGCAUGCACGCGGCUCUGAAAUACGUCAACACCACGCUGGUGUCGCGGAUCGGCUCCGUAACCAUCAGCGACCUCCUGGAGAUCCACCGGCGGGUGCUGGGCUACGCCGACCCGGUGGAGGCGGGGCGGUUCAGGGCCACUCAGGUGUUUGUGGGCCACCACAUCCCACCUCACCCCCGGGACGUGGAGAAGCAGAUGCGGGAGCUGGUGCAGUGGAUUAACUCGGAAGAUGCCAUGAGCUUGCACCCUGUGGAAUUUGCUGCGUUGGCCCACUACAAGUUGGUUUACAUCCACCCGUUCGUAGAUGGCAACGGGAGGACCUCACGCCUGCUCAUGAACCUCAUCCUGAUGCAGGCAGGCUACCCCCCCGUCACGAUCCGCAAGGAGCAGCGGGCCGAGUAUUACCACGUCUUGGAAGUCGCCAACGAGGGCGACGUGAGGCCUUUCAUACGCUUCAUUGCUAAGUGUACGGAGACGACUCUGGACAUGCUGCUCAUCGCCACCACGGAGUACUCCGUGGGCUUACCCGAAGCGGACGGCAGCGCCGCUGGGUGCAAACAAACCAUCCCCGUCAAGACUUGA